CCGACCUAAAUAUGUAUCACCCUCAAUAUGCAUAAAAAGCAAACUCAGCACUGAGAAAAUUAUCAUUCCUCAGUUAAUUCUUCAGCUGACUAAUAGUAACCAAAAAAAAACCAAUCUAACAAUGAAAGUUAUUGCUGUGUUCGCUGCCCUCUUUGUGGCUUCCGUGAUGGGAUCUGGAGGACUUGUUGAGAACCACCUCGUCCACAGUGAGAAAUUCGGACAUGCUCUCUUCAGAGCUGGAUUUGACGCUCCCCUUAUCCACAAGGAACUUCACCACCCAAUUGCCUAUGAUGCUCACGUCUACGAUGGACACUAUCCACGCUUCUACAAUGGUGAAUUCCCUCACUUCUACGAUGGCACAUACCAUCACGACCUCCAUCUGGACACCUACAACCUGCGUCACUUGCCCUACGAUUACCGUUACAAGAACGGAGAAGCCGUCACCACUGACUUCCGUUACAACCUCCCAUACGGAUAUUCCCACCGUGAUUAUCUGUACUAAGUCAUCUGGCCAUGUUUGAUCUGUUGAGUGCCAUUUGGUGAAUAAACACAAAUUUGUAAAUUUAUAACUUAAAAGCCUGUUUUUUUUUACUUA